AUGGGACGUAAAGCGAGACACUCGGCACGUACGGGCGAUGGUGGGGCAGAAGUACGUUUACAAAAGAAGAAACUGAAAGAGGCAGAAAAGACACAGAAGGAGGCAGAAUUGACGUUUUAUGACGAUCCGUCAGAGAAUGAGAGUGAUAACGAGCAGGUCGAGUCAGAGGACGAUGAAUUGGCAGGUGAAGAGGUGCUAGAGCUUGGCGGAGACAAAGAAGAAGAAGAAGAAGAGGAGGAGGAAGAGGAUGAAGUAGAGAAUAGUGAGGAUGAUAACAACAUGUAUGAUGCGGGUAGUGAGCGUAAGAAAGCGAUGCAGAUGGAGAGCAAAUGGGGCAAGUCCCGUAAGACUUUUUACUCUGCAGACACGGCAGAGUACGAGCUGGAAUAUGAUGAAGAGGUCGCUAAAGAUGAAGAGGAAGCUGCGCUUGAGUUGCAACGUAAGCAGGCAGAGAUGAUGGACGACGAGGACUUUGGCAUUGAUGCACCUGAAGCUAUUGAAGAUGCGGAAGAGGAAGAGGAAGAAAAUGAGGCAAUGCAUGUGGAUGAUGAAGAGAUGGUCGACACACAGCUGGCUGAUAUUGCGACGCUUGCUGAUAAUGGCACUGGAAGUGCUGAGACCAUAGAACAGGUGCACCGGGACUUUUCCAAGAUGUCCAAAAAGGACAAGUUGCAGAUUGUGAAUCAGUCAGCUCCAGAGCUGUUAGGUCUGAUAUCGGAGCUGGAAUCGUCGACAAAGGAGUUAGAGGAGGUAAUCACUCCGGCCGUACUCAAGCUACGACCUGUCCGACGGAAAUCACGGCAGCUUCAGAUGGGCCUGCGCUACUUGAUGACAAGACAGAAUUUGCUGCUGAAUUAUUCGGCGAAUAUCUCGUUCUACUUGCUGCUGCGUGCAGAAGGCAAGAGUGUGUCGGAUCACCCAGUGUUGAUGCAAUUGUUGUUGCUUAAGAAACAGCUGAGCAAACUCCAGGCAUUAGAUGAAGUUUUAAACGAUCAGUUGCAAGACCUGCUCACGAAGGAGCUACCAGCUGAGCGGAAAUUAAACGUCGACGACGGUCUUGGUAAGUUUUUUGCAAAGUCGAAGGGCACACGAAGUACCGAUGGUGAGAAGCUGUCAGCUAAGAAGACGAAGAAACAGAAGAAGUCGACGAAGGUGUCAGCCGAAGAGAUGGCGGAGGCAGAGCGCUUUUACGAGCAGACCGCACGCGACCACGCGGUACUCAAGAGCGCCAAGAAGGACCUCUACACGCACGAAAACCCCGCGGCUCUGGUCUCUAGCGACGAAAAGAGCGACGAGGAGGGCGAGGCAGGCAAGCGUGGUGCGUCAUACCAAAUUAUGAAGAAUAAGGGUCUAAAGGCUCACAAGAGUAAGCUGAAUCGCAACCCGCGUGUCAAGAAGCGCCUGCAGUACCGCAAGGCCAUCAUCAGGAGAAAGGGUCAAGUGCGCGACGUGCGCGUAGGCGAGGCCGGCAAGUACGGAGGUGAAACUACAGGUAUCAAGUCGAAUCUUACGCGCAGUCGGAAGAUCCGCAACUAA